UAUAUAUAUAUAUCUCUACCUCUCUCUCUCUCAUUGUCUCUCUCACUUUCGUCUCCAUCCAUGGUUUCAACUACUUCCGUCAUAGCCUGGGGUUCUGGAGAAGACGGGCAACUAGGACUUGGGACUGAUGAAGAAAAGGAAUUGGCUUGCGUCGUCGAGGCUCUUGAGCCUUUCACCGUUCGCUCCGUCGUUGGAGGUAGUCGCAAUUCCCUCGCCAUUUGCGAUGAUGGCAAGCUGUUUACAUGGGGUUGGAAUCAAAGGGGUACAUUAGGACACCCACCAGAGACUAAAACAGAAAGCACCCCUAGUCUGGUUAAGUCUCUUGCCAACGUCAAGAUUAUUCAGGCAGCUAUUGGUGGUUGGCAUUGUUUAGCUGUCGAUGAUCAAGGCCGAGCAUAUGCUUGGGGUGGAAAUGAAUAUGGACAGUGUGGUGAAGAGCCUUCCAAAGAUGAGUCAGGUAGGCCAGUCCGGAGGGAUAUUGUAAUCCCUAAGCGCUGUGCCCCGCAACUUACAGUCCGACAGGUAGCUGCAGGGGGUACUCACUCUGUUGUUCUAACCCGUGAAGGUUAUGUAUGGACUUGGGGUCAACCGUGGCCUCCCGGUGACAUAAAACAAAUAUCUGUUCCUGUAAGAGUUCAGGGUCUUGAAAACGUUCGUCUGAUCGCUGUUGGAGCAUUUCAUAAUUUGGCUCUGAAAGAAGAUGGGACUUUGUGGGCUUGGGGUAAUAAUGAAUAUGGACAACUUGGAACCGGAGAUACCCAGCCGAGAUCUCAUCCUAUUCCAGUACAAGGCCUUGAUGAUCUCACUGUGGUUGAUAUCGCUGCUGGUGGAUGGCAUUCGACAGCAUUAACCAAUGAAGGAGAGGUCUAUGGUUGGGGAAGAGGAGAACAUGGAAGACUCGGAUUCGGUGACAAUGACAAGAGCAGUAAAAUGCUUCCACAGAAAGUUAAUCUCUUAGCUGGAGAAGGCAUCAUUCAGGUCUCUUGUGGUGGAACUCAUUCAGUCGCUCUGACAAGAGACGGUAGGAUCUUCUCGUUUGGCCGGGGAGACCACGGUAGACUCGGGUAUGGAAGAAAAGUGACUACCGGACAACCAUUGGAGCUUCCUGUAGACAUUCCACGGCCGGAAGGACAGUUUAACCACGCCGAUGAAGAAGAUGAUGGAAAAUGGAUAGCUAAACAUAUAGCUUGUGGCGGCAGACACACUCUAGCUAUUGUGGAAUGGAAGUGUGAUCAGGAGGAAACCGAAUAACCAUGGAGAAGAAAGAGAAAGCAAAGACACAAGAGGGACUCUAGAGAGAAGCAUUUUGUUAUAGAGAAAAGGGGAGCAAAAGCAAACCGUUAAGCUUUUGAUACUCCCAUCCGAUGAAUAAUUAAUUUUUAUGAAGAGGAAGAACUAAUGAUAUAUUAUUA